CAAGGAGGAUCUACACAUACCUACCAUGGAGCAGAAAGGGGUUCAGUCUCUUCUCAUCUCAGGACUGUGUGCUCUCUGCUUGUGCCUUCCGCACGAGUACCACUUUGUCACUGAGCCCAAGACCUGGGCCGAAGCCCAGAGAUACUGCAGAGACAGGCACACCGACCUGGCCACAGUGGAGAGCAUGGCAGACACCGCAAGUCUUCUCUCCGCCCUGGGCCUUUCCCACGACGGCAGGGCUUGGAUCGGCCUGGAGAUGGGAGGGGUUCCGAAGUGGAAGUGGUCCCUCUACCGGGAGGGUGAUACCAUUCUGUGGAGCACAGGGGGAUUCCCUGGCUUUGAACACUGUGUUGUGAUGCACAGUGACGGAGAGGCACACAGCUACUAUUGCGAUGCCAGAUUCCCCUCUGUUUGCUACAAUGAAGCCAGCCAGAGCUAUGCUCUGGUCCCAGAAGUGAUGUCGUGGUGGGAAGCCCAGCGUUACUGCAGGGAUAACCACACAGACCUAGCCAGCGUCACAAACGACGCUCAGAAAAGUGCCGUUGUGGAAGCAGCACAGGAUCACUACGUGUGGACGGGCCUGUUCAGAGACUCCUGGGCGUGGUCUAACCAGAGCCCCUCCUCCUUCAGACAAUGGGCGGAGCCUCAAGCCCCUGUGGAACCAAACACCUGCGCUGCCACGUCCGUGGUGCAUUCUGGGAAAUGGGAGCCGUGGCCCUGUUCCACCAGCCUUCCCUUUCUGUGUUACGGAGCCUCUAGAGGAAAACUGUUUCUUGGGAAGAUGAAGAUUCUCACAGAUAGUGACCUGACUGACCAUGUGGUUUCUGACCGGCUGCUACAACAGAUAAACCAGAUAAUUGCGAACCAGGGUCUGUCUGAUUAUAAACUGCGCUGGAGCGUUCAACCCAAGAUAUCCCUGGAAAAAGAGGAGGUGAAGAAGGAGGAGCCAGGUUUCUGUGGGGCUUGAGGUCUUGAAGGCUCCCUGGACGCCACGCUCCUGACGAUCAAGACGGUGGGGGGUGGUUGUGAUGCCGAUGGUUGUGAUGGUGAUGUCUACGGAAGUGAUGUUGUGAUGACGGUGGUGAUGAAUAUGAUGAUGAGGGUGACACUGUUGUGAUGAUGGUGUGACUAAAGACGAUGGCUGUAAUGGCCCUGUCAUUAUUGUGAUGAUUAUAAUCAGGAGACAUCACUGAAUUAGCAUGCAUCAGAAUCCUAACCCUAACCCUGUAACCCAUAAACAUGUCUGUUAUUUAAAUUAUAGCACCGUUUUAAUGGAAAUAAAACCUUGUUUAAA